GUGGUUUCCGACUCGUUUCGCUUCAAAUUCUGUAACUUCCGUCCUCUAACGCGCGGAGGUAUCCUGUCCGUGACCGGUAGUAUCUUUGAUCCCUUAGGUUUCCAUGCGUUCUUUGUUCUUACUGCAAAAGAAAUUCUUUAAGACCUGUGUCACAUCAAGUUAGGGUGGGAUGAUGAGAUCCUAGAUGAGUACAGUUCACGUCGGGAGAGUUGGUUGGCGGAUCUUUUAAAGUUCUCAAUUUUUAUUGUAAGUCGCUGUUUGAAGCUAGCGGAUUUUAGUCAAGUCAAAUAUAGUCAACUUCAUCAUUUCUCGCUGUUCUUUCGUUUUUGGCAAAUUGUUUUUGUACGCCAGGACAAGAUGAUCAAGACAGAGUUAACUGAAUGUUAAUUCCGUAUUUAAGACAGACAGAAGGCCGGUUCUUCGUUAGGUGAAGAAAGAGAGUACGCGUUUUCACACGUUCGUUCCCAACCGAAUCGCAACGAUACGAGAUGGUUCAACUCCUCAUCGGUUGCGUUAAGGUGCAGCGACCCCCGGUGAUUAUGCGUCAAGAGGACGACCGCCGAAGCCUUGACGACUUGCCAAAGAUGGUAAAUGGGUUGGAGUUCCUAUAGAGGCCGGAAGGAGAUUGGCCUCAGGACCCUACGUCACCCGUUACUAUCCGAGAUAGAAAAAGUUUUUGAUCAUGAAUGCCAGUUCCGUUGUAGCAAGAGUACUCUCCAAAUGUGUUGACUGUCGGCACCGCCAAGGCCCAGUCUGUGAACAGAAAAUGGCUGACCUCCUUGUUGAUCGUCUGAAUCCUGACCGAUCACCCUUUAAGUGCGUUGAUAUUUAACCCUCUCCUAUGGUCAAAUUACAGAGGCGUUUGGGAAAGCUGUAUUUGCACGUUCCAAAAGAAGGAUUCUUUGUCGCGACGCAGGUGGAGACAAGUGUAAUAUCUUACCGACAUUUUUUUGAAAACGACGAUCCAAAGAAUAUCUGCCCCUGCUUCAUAGCAGACAAGAAUGGACAUCGCCUUGCAAAAAUUUAGCCGUUGGAGAUAUUUUCCUUAUCAACGUAGAAAAUUCACCUCGCAACACACGGCGUCUUGGUAGGGCUGUCUAAGUUCUCUUCGACAGGAAAGAUUUAGUUCGACGUGCCAAGGUGAAAGUAACGAGAGCUAUUGUGGAGAGAUCGAUUGAUAAACUUUGCCUGCUUUUGGAAGCUUGA